UAGCUACAGCUGUGAACCGUAGAAGGGAACGACUACCGGUAUGUCGGUGAAGGCGGAAUGCCCAAAGUAGACUUUUUGUGUGUCAGUCACCGAGCUGGAAGGAUCACAGUAUUUUCCGUGGUGACCUUCUUGCGGGGUGUUUGAAAGACAGACGACAACGCUCUUUGCCGUUCUGGCAAUAUGGCAGAUAUUAGUCUGGAAGACCUUGCCCAGCAGGUGGCGAGCCUUUCGGCUCGCCUGGAGAGCAAAGAGUCGGAGAAUAUAGUCCUGCAAAAUGCUGUUGCCAAUCUCUCGAAUCGUUUGGGUGCGUGCGAGGCCGAGCUGAAGGAGGUGAAGUCAGCUAAGCCGUCUGGAGGUUCAGGCCGAACGACGUCCACGACCUCGAACCGUCGUCCACCACCCUCUGUUUCUCCAGCUCCCGCAGCCAGUGGCAGUGGCAGGCCCCCAAGCACCAGCAGUGCUAGUAGCAAUGCCAGUACCACUAACUUCAAACCGCCGGCGGCAUCCGGCGGAUCUUCACGCAUGUCUAUUGGUGUCGGGCGGCGCACAGGCACUGCGGCACCACGUGAAGACGGUGCCAGAAACCGCUCCUCUGUCAAAGACAAGUCGACUAAGGAGAAAUCUCAGGCGACGACACGCGAUGAGCACAGCAUGCGCAUGUACCUGCGCGGCCGGCCGGUAACUCUGUACGCACCGACCGGUUUUGACAUGGGAACGCUGGACCAGCCGGCCAAGCCGCCCGGCGAGAACAUCGCGCUGCAAUGGGUAUAUGGUUAUCGCGGUCGCGACUGCCGCAACAACCUGUUCUACCUGCCAUCCGGUGAACUGCUUUACUUCAUCGCAGCCGUCGGUGUAAUCUACAAUCCCAGCACACAGUCGCAGCGACACUAUCAGGGCCACAAUGAUGACAUCAAGGCGAUGGCGUUGCACCCGAAUAACACCAUUGCUGCCACUGGUCAAGUUGCUGGGCAUGACAAACAAGAGGGAAAGCCUCACGUGAGAGUGUGGAACGUGGAGACACUGGAGACCCUGGCUGUGAUUGGCGCCGGAUCAUUCGACCGUGGAUUCUCUGCGAUUGGCUUCUCUCAGAAGAAUGAUGGGGCAUACUUGUUUGCAGUUGAUGAGAGCAAUGACCGCAUGCUGUCUGUCUGGGAGUGGCAGAAGAACAAGAAGUUGGCUGAAACUAAGUCACAUGGUGAUGCUGUCCUUGGUGGUGCAUUUAACCCUGGUGACGACAAUGCCAUUGUGACUUACGGCAAGCAACACAUGCUCUUCUGGACACUGGAGAAUGGCAAACUGAGCAAGAAGUCGGCACUGUUUGAGAAACACUCCAAGCCAAAGUUCAUCUCGUGUAUUGCGUUCAACGCCGACAAUGAAGUCAUCUCUGGCGACUCUAAUGGCAAUCUUUUUGUGUGGUCAAAUCACAAGAUCGCCAGAGCUAUCAAGGAUGUGCACGAGGGUGGUGUGUUCUCCGCUACCAGUCUUCCCGACGGCAGACUGCUGACAGGUGGUAAGGAUCAACGUGUCAUCGCCUGGAAUGCUGACCUAGAGCAGACUGGUGACUCGGGUUCGCUCCCUGAGGCGUCGGGAGCUGUGCGCACCAUUGUGCCUGGUGAGGAGGAGGGACAGCUGUACAUUGGCACCACACGCAACGGCAUCCUGAAGGGUUCUCUCGGCGAGGGUUUUGCUACCGUGAUCAAUGGGCAUAGCGAUGAACUGUGGGGACUGGCCGUGCACCCAUCGGAGAACCUGUUCAUCUCUGCUGGCUACGACAAGACCUUGACAUGCUGGAACUCAGACACCCACGAGUGCCUGUGGACGACAGCGAUCGCUGAGGAGGCUCAGUCUGCGGAUAUCCACCCGGACGGUUCAAUCGUGGUGGUAGGACUGAAGAGUGGCCGCUGGAUGGUGUUUGAUGGCAAGGAUGGCAAGUUCAUCACCAGCAAUGUCGACGGCAAUGAGCAGCACGACAGCGUCAAGUUCUCUCCCGAUGGCAAGAAAGUGGCGUUGGGCUCUCAUGACAAUUACAUCUACGUGUACAACGUCAGUGAGGAUCGGCGCACCUUCGAGCGCCAUGGGCGUUGUGCUGGCCACAGCAGCUUCAUCACUCAUGUCGAUUGGUCAGCGGAUAGUCAGAACCUGAAGAGUUGCUCUGGCGAUUAUGAACUUCUCUUUUGGGAUGCCAAUACGUGCAAGCAAGCAACAUCAGCCGUAGCACUGCGUGACGCCGAGUGGGCCACGUACACCACCAUCUUGGGCUUCGAUGUGGCAGGUAUUUGGCCUGAGGGUGCAGACGGUACAGACAUCAACACCGUCGGGCGGAACAACGGCUCCAGUCUGGUGGCGACGGGCGAUGACUUUGGCAAGGUCAACCUGUUCCGCUUCCCUGCACCACAGGCAAAGUCUGAGUCUCGCGCAGCGCAUGGCCACAGCUCGCAUGUGACUUGCGUUCGCUUCAUCCACGACGACCGCUCGCUGCUCUCAACGGGUGGCAAGGACACAAGCAUCAUGCAGUGGAAGGUUUGCACUGGAUCUUAAACUCGAAUUCGGGGGAGCGAAGGGGAACAAGAUCCUGCUGCGGGCUCAGCGGCUGCGUGAAAUCUGUAUACCUGUCCUGUUUGCCUGUGCAUGUAUUGCACCCAUCCAUCGUGUUGCCCUUGCAUGCUGCGUCUAACACGUCAUCGAAUGCCAGCUGAGUCAAAUUUUGGAGAUUAUUGUCCGCUAUCCUGCUUGUGUCCCCUUGCCGUUGUAGCGGGGGUGAAUUUGCUACCAGAGUUCAUGCUCCUUAGUGUCCCGGGCUCUGGCUCUGUUGCUGUUGUUGUCUGUAGCCUGUAUCCAGGUGCUGAGUGGCCCCUGGAUGCAGCCUGCUUAUCGACACGGCUAGGCUAGUCAUUUCAUUGUCUUCCUAUUCUUCUUGUCAUAUUUGCGAGGUCGACCAUGGCGUUUGCGAUUUUUCCCUCGUGCUGCAGGCGUUCUGUUACGAGUUUUUAAUGUGAAGCCUUGCGCUGCACCCUAGCCUGGCCGAAAUGUUUCCGCUUUAGCGUUCUUUCAACCGAAUUUGACAUAUCAAUGUACCCGUACUUUGUUUGUUGCCAGUAGAAAUUCUAUUUCUCUUCCUUUUUUUUAGCGUGUUUAGGAACAGUGCUUGCAGCUGCCCAGUGGGGGCCCAUCUGAUCCGUGUAUUGCCUGGCCGGCUGGCUGGCUCAUUUUUUUGCCAGCUGUUGCUCUGCUUACUGCUGAUGUCCUUGUGAAUGUUACUGAUAGGUGCACUGCGUGCACUGUGCUUGUAGUUUUGCUGUUUUAUCUGCUGGUCAGCAAUAGAGACGGCUGUUUCGGCGGAGCUUUCUUUGCGUGCCUUUUUGAUUGACUUGUGCUCCGGAAUGCCUGCAGUAGUAGACACACGGCUUUACAAACCA